AUGGCAGCCCCAAGAAGUGUACAGCGCUUGCAGCAGACGUUGUCGCACGUACAGCCUCCUAUUAGUCCACAGCUAUCUCUUGUCGCAGGCCCGACGGAGCCACAGCUGCUGGAUAUUACCUUGGGUGAGCUGCUAACACUACAAGCACUGCAGUAUGGGAGAAUUGAGUGCUUGGUCUUCCCCUGGACUGGUGCGCGAUGGACGUAUGGCCAGCUGAAAGAUGAGACCGAUCGUCUCAGCUAG